CCCCUUUUUUUCUCCCAGGCGCGCGGCCCGCCAGCGCCCGUUUUCUCCCAGGGCCCGUCGGGCCGGCGGGCGCACCAUGCGCGCAUGAGCCUUGGGCCCGGGGCGGGCCGUCUGGCCGCCGACGACGAGGCCGAACUCCAGGCUUGCCCGGCGGCGUCGGUCGAGGUCUCGACACCUCGCGCAUGGCGCUGUACGCGGAGGGCGGGGGCACGAAGGCGCUGGCGUCCUCGGCGGACGCCUCCGCCAUCAGCGUGCAGUGCCUCGCCCGCGUGGGGCCGGGCGUGGCGCGCAGCGGGUGGGCCGACCAGUGGGGCGACGAGCACAGGUUGAUGCUGGACCUCUUCGGGAACCCGCCGGACGCCUACGCGUUCAAGGUGGAGGAGGUCGCCACCACCGUCGCCCCUGAGCCCUCCAUCUUCGGCUUCACGCCGGCGCAGCGCGGUCGCCGUCGUCAGGGCGGCCACUCCGACCACGUGACGGCGCGGCUGACGAGCCCGUUGUGGGAGUUGUACUUCAACAGGUGGGAGGGCACCGCGUCCGAUCUCAUGUUGAGCAAGGAGCCCAGGACUUCGUGGUCAUGGCACAGUGACGCUGCCAACCGCGAUCGUUGUUGCAAUCACGUGCAGAUGAUGUCCGAGUCGGAGUCGGAGUUCGACAUUGACACCAAUGGAUCCGUGCCGCCACCUGGCGUCAUGUCCGCAGCGCAGGUGCUCCAGGGGUGGGGCGUCGAGCAGGCUCCUGAAGACUUGCCUGUCCUUCUGGUGCCGGAGCCGGUGGCUUGCUUGCUCUCGCGCGGGCAGUGGUCAUCUCUUUUGAUCAGGGCAUCUUGGCACAACCGUUUGAUCACCGAGGGCGGCGUCAUGUUGAAGGGCGCGCCGCUGCACGCUAGCCUCGGCUGGCCUCCGCCGGAUGCUGCCGUCUGGAGGGCAGCUGCCGGGGCUGCGAUGGAGCCCGAGGACGAGGAAUUGCGGAAGAUCGGCUCUCUGAUGCGGCAGUUCGCCCAGGGCGCCAGUGAGGAGCAACGACCCUUGUUGAAGGAUGCAGUGCUUGCAGUUGACGGUUGGGCACAGCAGAUGGAGGAGGCCGCCGGCGACAGUGGCAGCUCUCGUGGAUAUGGCAAGUACCGCCACUCGACCGAGAAGCUCAUGUUGGCCAUUCGGACGUCGUCUUUGUUGAGAGGAGGUGCGUCUGGACUUCGCGUCGCUGUCCAGCGCGCGAUAGCAUUGGCAGCUCCAGAGUGCGUGGCCAGCGUCAUUUGCAGGGGGAUCGAGGCGAAUGGCGACCGCAGGCAUUUCCAGAAGUCCACGCUGCCAAGCGUGUCCACGAUUAUGCGUGGAGAGCUGUCCCUAGACAUUGCGAUAUCCUUGCUUCGCCGCGCUACCUACGACUCAUCCGCGGUGAGGUUCAUGUGGAGCGACUCCUCUCCGCUCUGCGGUUUCGACUGGCUGUGGGCGCAGGUCCACGAGAUCAAGAGGAGCGAGGUCGUUCGCAUCUGCAGGGCAUCCCGCGAGUUGAUCCGCGCCACCACGGAGUUCGCGCGGGCGCGCUUGGAGCGGGGCGACUCGGAUCCCGUGCCGCUGUGCCCAGCUUCGGCGUGGCAGCCCCAUCUCGACGCUCUGCUUGGCAUUGAGGAGCACAUCUAUCCGCCGACGUCGCUGGCCAUGGGGGUGACAUCGCUGGCAAACAAGGCCAGCGCCCUCUGCCACCAGUGGGGCGUUGAGCUGCCGGAGGGGGCCACGCUGUCGGAGUUCUCGAAGUCUUUCGUCUCUCAUACGUCGGACAUGGGGACAGAGAUGAGUCUGCCAGACUUCUACGUGCGCAGCCUCGACGACUUGGCGGCGCCGUGGAUGGAUCGGAGCUCGCUGAGAGCAGACUUGGACGACAUGGAGUGCUUCAUGCCGAAGGCCAUGAGCAUCUACGGUUUCCAGCAUCUCACGAACAACCUGAACGGCGACGUGCGCGCGUCGCUGUCGCACUGGGAGACGUUCUACGCCGAGCUGAAGGUCCUGGCCGCGCUGCUGACGUGCAAGCCCAAGAGGACCCACUUCGUGGCCGCGUGCUUGCAGGGCACACCGCACGAGCGUCGCGCCGGGGACUUCAAGCAGUUCGACGGCAGCCUCUACGAAAAACGUUGGAGGUAG